UUUUUUUUUCUAAUGCUGCAAGUGAAGAUACAAAAAUCUUAAUUAUAGAUCCGUUACAAUACGUUUACAUCGAAGAAACUCAAGUACAAAAGCUUACAAGUGCUGAGAUUAAAAAUGUUAAUAUUUAUUUUAACACAGUGACACAUGUUUAAUCACAGAUUUAAGGGAUUGAUAAUGCAUUGAGGAGAAAUACAUAUAUUGAGAAAAGAAUUUAUUUUUUGAUGAUUCUGUGAUGCAUAUUGUUAAGAAUGUGAAAUGUGAAAAAUACAUGCGUCCUUCAAGAAAGGUGGCUUUUUUGUGCGACUCUGCACAUCUUUGAUAACCGGUUGCUCACAUCAGAUACAUGUGGCCCCUAAGCCUCUCUCACCGGUAUAACCGGUACGAUGGAGCUAUACGCUUUCUCGCUCUCAGUGUGAAUUGAUCUGGCAAGAGAACGAGGUAAUGCGAUCGAGAUGGUCAUCAACGCCCGCUGCCGAGCUUCGUCUCGUGCCGUGAAUGCAUAAGGCAAUUGAAUUUAAUACGGCAGAGCAGGCGGAGAUGGUAGAUAGUUUCAGUGCCAACUUUGCAUCUUCCUCACCGAUAAAAGAAAUGGAGGAAUCCGGAGAACGAGUAUCAAAGACUUUUCCGAUGCUAUUGGCACGCACGAGUGCAGCUUCCCUGUUUUUAACUCGGCUAAAAAGCAAACGCGCUAAACAAAAUGUUACUCAGUUCGAGGAUGAUUGUGGCCAGAACGAAUCGCCACCAUCUCCGAACAGUCCGACAACUUCUAUGAAGAGAGAUAUACCUAUGAUAGAAAAUUACUCUGUCAUCAGCGAAUGUGCCAGUUCCGAGGAGGUCAAUCGUACCUCCUUGCGUAUCAACGAAGACUUAAUCAGCAACAUACUGACGGAACAUCGAAGACGUGUAGGCUGCAAAUCACAGAUCUGGGAGAAUCUGGAACGGAACAAAGCAGAUGAGGCAAAAACGGAAGUAUUUUUGGGAAACUUCAAGUCCAACGAGAUCAAUAUUCUGCUGUUGCAAGCAAGUUUCAUGGGUCAGACGGAUCUCAUUCGUCGUUUGUGCAAACGCGGAGCCAAUGUCGACUACACCGAGCCCGAUCAUGGUCUCACGCCGUUACACCUGUGCGCAUUUCGCAAUUGUCUGGACGGCGUCAAGUAUUUGACAGAGCAGGGAGCGAGCAUCGAUACCAAGUCGAAGCACACGCCGUUUCAUUACGCCGCUUUCGGUGACGCGGUCGACGUCACCCGGUAUUUUCUGCAGCGAGGUAUCAGUCAGGAAUCUCCACACGAUUCUGAAGAAACGGUACUGCACGUGGCCGCGCGAACGAAGGCUCUCCGCGUGCUUUCUCUAUUGGUGCCGAACAGCAAGGAACUGGAUCGCUUAGAUCAGGACGGAUACGCCGCUAUUCAUCACGCGAUCGACGGAGGCGACCCGAUUUGCUUGAGCAUACUUCUGAAAGCCGGUUGUCAAGUGGAUUUACGUACCGCGAAGAACGACACUGCUCUGCAUCUGGCCGCGGAGGCCGGUUUAGCAGACAACUUGAUGCUUCUAGUUAAGGCUAACGCUGAUCUACAAUUGAAGAAUCAUCGAGGACACACAGCGCUGCAUUUAGCCGCCCGUUCACAUUCUCUGGAAUGCGUGGAAAUUCUGCUGAAGGGACACGCAGAUCCCAACGCGGAGGAUGACGAGGGUCGGACACCGCUACAUCUGGCCUUAGGCAAGUCCUUGGUAACCGACGACAUCACUGAGCUCCUGCUGAAAUGGCGGACAAACGUGAACAAAGCCGAUAAGUACGGAUACACGCCGCUUCACAUCGCCGCUUCAAACGAAUUGUCACAAAGCGUCAACUUGCUGAUAAAGUACGAGGCGGAUCUCAGUGCUAGGACCAUCGGCGGCAACAGCGCUCUGUCCAUCGUCUUGCGCAAGACCCCGACUUCCUUGGACGUGUUCGAGCGCAGAUUGGACGCGUCUUUGACUCUGAACCGACAGGGAUUGAUCGGGGGCGAGCUCGAGUUGCAGCUGGACUUCCGACCGUUGCUGCAACACCGGCGAAACCGACGGAGUCGCUCGCCCGAAAUCGGCUAUCUGAACAGCUUCGUGAAGGAGGGCUACAAGGAGAUCCUGGAACAUCCUCUGUGCCAGUCCUUUCUCCACCUCGAGUGGCACAAGAUCCGGAAAUACUACGCUGCGCGGCUGCUCUUCUAUUUGGUAUACGUGCUGAUUCUCACGAGCUGGGUGAUAAUCGCUCUUGCUCACAAAUGCUACAACGAGUCGCAAGGAAACACAUACAAGCAGUCAUUGUGCCUGAACGCGAGCGACAUUUACAAGUUUUUGUACAAGUAUCCCGAUAGGGGUCUCACGGUGCUCAAAAUUCAUUGGUACGUGCUGGUGACGUUCACCAUUCUGGAAGCCUUUCGCAAAUUUACCGUCAUACCCAGCUAUCGAUCCGUCCGGCAGUUCUUCACGCAGAUGGAAAAUCUGGUCGAAUGGUGCGUGAUACUGGGCGUAUUCGCCACCUCGUUUGUGUAUACGGGGAGAACGGACGACUGGCAGAAUUACUUGGGCGCCUUUGCCGUACUCUGCGGUUGGAGCAAUCUGAUGCUGAUGAUAGGGCAGCUACCGAUGUUCGGCGCUUACGUCGCCAUGUUUACCAGCGUGCAAGCACAAGUGUUUAAGCUGCUUCUGGCCUAUGCCUGUCUUCUGGUAGGCUUCACAGCAAGCUUCUGCGUGAUCUUCCCGCAUUCCAAGGCAUUCAGCAGCCCACAUACAGGCCUCAUCAAGGUUCUCGCGAUGAUGACGGGCGAAUUGGGCUUCGACGUCUUCUUCGAUGAUGAUAAAGACGAUUAUAAAAAUAUAAAAGGAAUUUCUUUGAUCCUGCUGAAAGUCUCGGCUCAGCUUUCUUUCGUCUUGUUCCUCUUAUUCGUGACAAUCGUGCUGAUGAAUCUACUGAUCGGGAUAGCCGUACACGAUAUCAAGGGUCUGCAAAAGACCGCGGGUCUUGCGAAACUCGUUCGUCAGACGAAACUGAUUCACGACGUGGAGAUAGCAAUUUUUUUAGGAUUUAUGCCAUCGAAACGCUUCCACAAGUGGCUACGAUGGACCGCAUUACUCCUGCCAUCACCUUUGCGAGUCGUUCUGACAGUGCGUCCGUUAAACCCCAGAGAGAAGAGAUUACCGCGUGAUGUUCUCUCGGCUGCCUAUAAAAUCGCUAAGGAGGGAGACGGCCAGAACAGUUUUGCCGUUACUCGCAAAAAAACUUACGGAUCAUCGGCUUAUUACGCGAAAGCAUGUCUCAAAGCUGACGUGGCUGCUUACCGUCGUCGUAACUUUGACGAAGACACAUUGGCGCACGAUUGCAACAAAUUCAAGGACGACAUUGCGGAACUCAGAGAAAUUUGCGAGAAGAAUCAAACUCUCCUUCGUGAGCUUAUAAAGGCACACGGUGUAAAUAGAACCAUGUGUGAAAACGAACGAGAAGGGAAGUUGUCGGAGGAAAAGAAGGCUAAAAUCGAAAAACUCGAAACAGGUAUUUUGAAGGUACCAGUCAUCCUCGACGAGAGCAGACACCAUAUUUACACCAGGAGCUUCAUCAACAGUCGUCACAAGGAUGAUUCGCUGACCGCGAGACUAGCUUCCACUUAUAGAUCCUUGAGAUGCACUUACGCGACAGAAGAUUAUCCGCAAAAAAUUACAAUCGGUGAUGCAACCAUGUUGGAGUCCAACAAUGAUCAAAUCGAGAUCGACGCCGGCGAGCCGCCGCCAGCCGACGAGUCCUUCUUCUUCGACAAUCUCAAAUACUGCAAGAAUCACCACAUGAAUGGCGCCAAGUUGAGAUAUGCAAUAUGGUCCAUCGUCGAUCCGGCGGAGACGAAACUGCUUCUGCAAAUGGAGAAAAGCAGUGUAUUACCGAACGCGUGCAAAGAUGAUCGAUUACGAAAUGUCGCUUACAUCUGGGCAUCUUACCGCGGUCUGCUGCAUCUUCUGCCGGAGCUGGAGAACGCCGGCGCGCGUUAUGAUUACGUUGAACCUCGCACCGGCGUGAAUGCCAUCCUUGCGGCCUCGUUGGGCGAUAAGGUCGCGUGUGUGGAGUAUUUGAUCAGCAAGGGCGCCGACGUGAACUACGAAAGCUCGAUCACGCGUUACAGACCGCUUCAUUUCGCGGCGCUCGGCAACAGUUGGCAUGCCGCGAACACGUUACUGGACAACGGCGCCAAGCUGAAUUAUGUCUGUCAGGAAGUGGUCGAGCCCGUUCUGCACAGCGCUGUCCGCGCAAAGGCGGUGAAGACGGUAAAACUGAUACUCGAUCGCGGUGCCAGCGUCGUCGAGAAAAAUCAUCUUGGUCAAACGCCGUUGCACGUAGCUUGUUUCGUUCAAUCGCUACCAUGUGUCGAACUGCUGUCGGCAGGUGCGUCCAACGUUAACGACGUGGACAGGGAACUUAGAACACCUCUGCAUUUCGCCGUGAUGAGCACCGAUUCGUCCGCCGAGCUGGUGCAAUUACUGUUGAAACGCGGCGCCCUCGUGAACGCGGCUGAUCGGACCGGCUUCACGCCACUUCACAUCGCCGCGCUGAACGAGCAGUCCCGAUGCGUGGACGCGCUCAUCUGGGCGGGCGCCGACAUCAGUGCAACCACGUGCACCGGCCUGUCCGCCCUAAACAUCAUCCUGAAGAAGAUCCCCGAGUCGUUGCACAUUUUCCGGCAACGAUUGGACGCGUCCAUCCGGCUAACUCGACCGGUGUCGCACAAUCGCGAAUUCGAGAUGCGACUGCACUUCGACAUCCUCUUUCCCAGCAACAACAAGUGCGAGACCAGCUUCAUAAACACGUUCGUGCAGGAGCACCGCAAGGAUUUGCUGUCGCAUCCGCUAGUCAUGGCAUUUCUGCAUCUGAAAUGGGAGAAGAUUCGUAAGCUCUAUUUACUGAGGAUAUUUUUAUACGCCCUGACAGUGAUAUGCAUGACUACUUACGUUCUGACAGCGCUUGCGUACAAGUGUUAUAACAACAACGAGACCAACAGCUCGAAGAUAUGCAGCAGCAAACGGGCAGCCGACUUCCUUUUUCGGAAACCGGUCAUCGAAAUCGAGUGGUACCUCUCGCUGGCGCUUACAUGCAUCACCAUACCGCGGAAGAUAUUCGGCUUCAUGGUCUACAGAUCGAUGAUACAGUACUUCUCCAACAUCGACAACGUGCUGGACGCCGUGAUGAUAAUGAGCGUGUUCGUCACAUCCUUCAUUUACACCGGACGCACCUACGACUGGCAGAACUAUAUCGGCGCGUUUGCCAUACUUUGCGCCUGGACCAAUCUGAUGCUGAUGGUAGGCCAGCUGCCGGCCUUCGGCACCUACGUCGCCAUGUUCACGCAGAUCCAAUUCGAGUUCGCCAAGCUUCUGCUAGCGUACUCGGGACUGUUGAUCGGCUUCACCAUCAGCUUCUGUGUGAUAUUUGCAGGCGAGCCCGCGUUCGGUAAUCCUUUCACCGGCUUGAUCAAGGUGCUGGCUAUGAUGGCCGGUGAAUUGGAUUUUGAAGGACUCAUCAAUCAGACGGAUGACGGAUCGACGGACAAAUCCUUCGUUAUUUAUCACCCUCUGUCGGUGUGCUCGCAGAUCCUCUUCACGCUGUUCAUAGUGUUCGUCACCGUGAUCUUGAUGAACUUACUGGUCGGCAUCGCUGUGCACGAUAUACAAGGUCUGAGGAAACAUGCAGGACUCACAAAGUUAGUGCGGCAGACAAAGAUGAUCCUAUUCACGGAAAUGGUACUGCACAACACCUCGAUUCCGUAUGCGUUUCGAAAGUGGUUGUCGGAUCAUAAGAUCGACGUUGAAAACAGAAAACGCGUGCUUGUGGUAAAGCCGCUGAAUCCACUCGAGAAGCGAUUGCCCAAGGAUAUAAUGAAAGCCGCCUAUGAGAUAGCGCAGAAGAACGUUCCCUAUGCGAACGAUGAUGUUCAUUUGAGCGAUUAUGCCACGUGGUUGAAACAACGACGGAGCGAAGAGUACUCCGACGCCGCCCAAAUAGCAAUUGAGAAAUUGAUCGCUAUGAUGAAAGUAAACGAAGACGCCAUAAAACUGUUAAGAAUGCAGAUGCUGGAAAUGAACAAAAUGUUGGAAAAUGUUGUAACAACAUUAGAAAAGGAAGAACAUAACUCUUUGUAAAUGGAAUGAUCUGAUAUUGGUACGAUCUGAUGCUCUAAUCCAUAAUUUCUAUAUGAUUUCACUAAUUUCAUAAUUCAUUUUUUUAUCAAUUAGAGAUAUGUAUAUUUCUAUACUUAUAGGUGGCUGUUAUUAAACUGUUUUUAUCGAUUCUUACUUUUUUUCAGUUGUACAUGUAUUUCUUUCUACGAGUAAAAUAAAUCCGCAAUUUUGUUUUAUCGAAAACACAUCACAACAAUCCAAUAUUUAAAUCUCAGCUUCCAAUUUAAUUGAUCUCAUUUUCAGCAGUAGCACAUCAUUUCGGAUAAAUUUUUAACGUUGUCUCAUGUUCCUCAUAUUUUAU